CACGUGACAUCCUUACCCAGCAAUCACGCGACAUUCACCACACUUGUGUUGAUAUUUGUCGUGUUUGUAAUAUCUUUUGUAUGUGAAACUUCACAGGGUUUUUACCACUUUGCCCAUUAGAGUAACAUCGUUCCAGGACAUCAUCGCUCUUUGAUAUUAUUUGUGGGAGUGCGUUAAGCUGAUCAGACGCGUCCGAUUCGUUGAUAGCUUCUACUUUGCUGCGGACAAGGCCUUAUCAGAACUGCCAACGAAGGAGUUGUCGGCAAGCCGACAAAACAGUACAAGGGAUAAAAAUAAAGUUUGAAAAUAUUGUGAUGGUAAUUUGUGCAUAAUUUCUGAAGAAGAUCAUUGAUUGAGCACAAAAAUGGAAACAAGUAGCCGAGGAACUGUCGUAUUUCAUGAUGAUUUUACUGGUAAUACAUUAGAUAAAAAUAAGUGGUAUCACGAAGUCACAGCUAAUGGUGGAGGGAAUGGCGAAUUUCAAGUGUAUACACCAGAGGCAGCUAAUACUUUUAUCAGAAAUGGUGUGCUAUAUCUUAAACCUACACUUACAUCCGAUAAAUUUGGUAAAGAAUUUUUGCGUAGUGGAACCUUAGACCUCAAUGCUCAGUGGGGUUGCUGUACUGCCAGUUGGGAAAAUGGUUGUCUCAGAGAAGGAAGUCAAAGUAAUAUACCACCAAUUAUGUCAUCUAAAAUCUACUCAAAAGCCAGCAUCAGACAUGGUAGAGUCGAUGUCGUCGCUCAAAUACCAAAAGGCGAUUGGCUAUGGCCUGCAAUAUGGAUGCUUCCUCAAGGUACAAAAUAUGGUUACUGGCCCAAGUCAGGUGAAAUUGACAUUAUGGAAUCACGUGGUAACGUACUGUUGAACUCUGGUGGAAGUCCCCAAGGUGCAGCUAGAGUUCUAUCAACAAUUCAUCUUGGUACAGAUGCUGGUGGUGGUCAUAGACAUCAUGGUGAUGCCAAAGUGGCUCCAAAUGGUAAAACCUGGGCUGAUGAUUUUCAUACUUACAGUUUAGACUGGACAGAGGAUCAUAUCAAAACGAUGAUUGAUAAACAGCCUGUUCUAGCCUGGAACACACCACCAGAAGGUUAUUUUAAGCAUGAAAAUUUGGGAGGUAGUAAUAUCUGGUCGAGUGGUGGAAAAGAUGCUCCUUUUGAUACUAAUUUUGCUUUAAUAUUAAGUGUAGCUGUUGGUGGAGAUAGAGGUUACUUUCCUGAUGAUUGGAAUAAUGGUGCUAAUGGCGCGAAACCAUGGACAAAUUUUGCUUCAACCGCCAUGACGGAUUUCUGGAACAACCGUCAACAAUGGCAGAAAACAUGGCAUGGCGAUGAUGUAGCCAUGAAAAUUAAAAGUGUCACCAUGACGCAAUACUAAACGCUUACAUAUCAUUUGAAAAUAAAACAAAUAUGCAUUGGG